UCGUCAUAUUUUCGUGAGAGCAAAAUCGUGAAAAUGGAGUGUCAUUCUAUAGCAACCACCAAACUUUAGCUGAACAUCAGUAAUUUGCGUCCGAUUGAUACUUUUUCAAACAACGUGCAUCUACUUAUCCGUCCAGAAUGGCAGUCUAUUUUGACUUCAAGCUCCAGUCCAGCCAUCAUGGGAAUAAAACAAAUAUUGCUUGGCAUGAGAACCAAACAAUCCUUGCAGUUUCUUCAUACAAUGCAGCAACAGGUGGAUGUGUUAAUCUAUAUCAAGAUGAGGGAGAAGUUCUUCCUCAUGGGGAAUUCCAGAGGUCCAGCCCCCCGACCUGUGUCAGAUGGCAUCCAACAAAAAAGAUAGUGGCCAUUGGUUGGGAUACAGGCGAAAUCAUUGUUUGGAAUGAACAUGAGCGGGAACUUCAUGAUGUGCCUACGGUUCAUCGCACUGAUAUCAAAGCCAUGGAAUGGUCUUCGAGCGGGACUCGUCUACUAACAGGAGACUCGAGUGGUUUUAUCCUAGUGUUUAAAGUGGAUGCCCGGGGGAGAGUACAACACAUCCCGUUAUGUCAACACAAUGUCCAUGAAGGUGUCACCAAAGUUCUUCUCAAACCUCUCCCGCCUGUUGACCCAAACAAUGAUUUGAAGGCCCUGGCAAGAGCUGCAGUCAGUGGUGAUGAAAAUGCCUUGGAUAUGUUUACUUGGAGAAGAGGAAAAGAUGGAAUGAAGGGACCAUCUUUGCUGCCUUCCGAAGCACAGUCAUUCUUCAUUGGCUUAGAAAAUGGAGGUGUUUCUUUCAUCAACGAAGCUGGAAAAUUAGUGAAUCUUUUCACUAUUGAUGAGGCAGUGAAGAAGCUGCUUUACUAUGAAGAGAAGAAUAUUUUGGUUACCAUCGGGGAGAACCUGAUCCUGAGUCAGCACAGUGUCACGACCGAUGGUGAUGCAAGAGAGAUCAUGAAGGUCAAGCUGAGUGGGAAGGCCGCAGAGGCCGAUGUGAUCUGGGCUGGAAAGGGUGUGCUUGCAACAGUUUCAGGUGAAAGUGUUGUCAGGCUAUGGGAUAUAGAUAGGGAAGAAAACUACAUUCUGAAUGCCGAUACAGUGCUGAAAAGCACUGGCGAACAGUCACAGAGUUAUGGAAGAGACACUCAACUGACAUGCGUUUCUUACUCCAUUGCUAAGCAAGUCCUUGCAGUGGGAACAUCGUCGGGGACUGUCGCCAUGUGGAAAUAUUCCUCUCUAGGUAUACCGGGGAAGAAAGCAGAGCCUGAGGACAAGUGGCAUUUUCAACCUCCGUCAAAUAUUGAAGGAAAUAUCUUGCAGAUUGAGUGGGGGCCAAGGAACUUACUAGCUGUCAAUGCAGUAGAGGUGGUCUACGUCCUCAGUGAACAAGUCAUGAGUGCCCACUAUGCAGACCAGAUUGCUGUCCUUCAAACUGGGCCAACAAUGCUCUCAGUCAAUAUCUUUGGGACUGGCACUAACCUGGAGGUGAAGACAGAUUUUCAAGUCAAAGGCACAUACACUACCAAGGAAUUCCUAGCUGUUUGGAACAACAAGAAAUUCACAGUCUAUGAAUACACACCAGAUAAAUCAGCGAUACGUCCAACUGGCACUUUCGCCACUGAAUCUCAUCUGAACUGCCUCUAUGAACAGAAUGUAUACACAGUUGAACCAGGCAAGGUUCAAGUCAGAACACAUCAGGGUACAGUAAAGCAGCUUAUCAGUUUCACCGAGUUGGAGGGUGAUCCCAUCUUCUUAGAUAUCUGUGGUAAUUUCCUGGCCAUUGGAAGUGAGGGUGGUUUCAUAAAAAUCUAUGAUUUGUCACGAAGGGAGGCCAAGCAACACGCCAGCCCAAAGAACCUGCACGAUGUGAUCCCAGGCUUCGGCCGCAUUGAAUCAGUCCGCGUCAACUCAACUGGUAACAGAGUGAGCAUCAUUGCCUCAAAUCCUGAUGGGUCACCAGAUCCCAAGCUGUAUAUCUGGGACGUUGAGCUAGACACGCUGCAGUUCUUCAACUUCGAAUCUGGGAAGGGUGAGCAGGAUGACUUCGAUACCCAGACGGCAGAUGAUGAAUACAUUUCCGCUGAGGAGAGAGGAAAAAAUCAGGCUGCAAAGGACAUUGCCGGGCGUUAUCCAUUGUCACACUAUUGGGAUUCCCAUGAGUCCAAGCUGUUGGUCUGUGAGGCUAAACUUCUGCGUGGUAAACAACAGAAAGAAGACGAGAACAAGGAGAAGGCUGCAGUGUCGUUAUCAAAGCAUGUCAUGGAGGAUAAGAUUGAGACUAUGAUAGUGUCUCUUUUUUCCACACCCGAGAAUGGAAUUCUCCUCCAAGAUAACUUUGCAAUGAAUCUGACAUACAGUGGACUAAUUGGCUUGGAAGUGCCCUAUUAUUAUUUCAUUAAAAAGACUGAAGAAUCCGAAGAUCAGACUGCCCAAAUCACAGACAGGCCACAAACAUCAAUGCCCAACACAUUAUCGAAGUUGGUUGCCCGGUGGACAAUGAGAGAUUUUGUAGGAUUGGAAUACAGUGACAAGAACACAAGAGAUGCCAUGUUGAACUUCAGUUACUACUUAACCAUUGGGAACAUGGAUGAGGCUUUUAAAGCUAUCAAGUUAAUCAAAAAUGAAUCUGUGUGGGAAAACAUGGCCAAGAUGUGUGUGAAAAGUCGUCGACUUGAUGUGGCCAGCGUAUGUCUGGGUAAUAUGGGCCAUGCUCGCGGUGCCAAGGCACUGAGGGAAGCCAUGAAAGAACCGGAGUUAGAUGCUCAAGUGGCUGUCUUGGCUAUCCAACUGGGACUCACAGAAGAUGCUGAGCGCCUACUGAAGAACUGUCAGAGAUAUGAUCUUCUGAAUGAGUUCUACCAAUCCACUGGUCAAUGGAAUAAGGCAAUGGACACUUCAGAGAUGUACGACCGAGUUCAUCUUAGGACAACCUAUUACAACUAUGCUAAACAUCUCGAAGCGAAGGGAGACAUCACAUCAGCUGUGCCUGUUUAUGAGAAAGCUGAUACCCACAGAUUUGAAGUGCCAAGGAUGCUGUUUGAGGAACCUCAAGCUCUUGAAGCUUACAUCAUGAAAACCAAAGACAAAGCUUUACGUAAGUGGUGGGCUCAGUACAUGGAAAGCACGGGAGAGAUGGAGACCGCAUUACAAUUCUAUGAGGCUGCCCAGGACUACUUGUCUCUAGUCAGAGUGUAUUGUUAUUGUGGGAAUCUUGAAAAAGCUGCUGAGAUCUGCAAUGACACAGGAGAUGCAGCAGGCUGCUAUCACCUCGCCAGGCAGUAUGAAAACCAGGACCGAAUCAAAGAGGCCAUCCACUUUUUCACCAGGGCGCAAGCCUAUGGAAAUGCGAUCAGGCUUUGUAAGGAACAUGGCUAUGAGGACCAGAUGAUGAACCUUGCUCUCCUUGGCAAACCUCAGGAUAUGAUGGAUGCUGCCAGGUAUUAUGAGAGCAAACCAAGCUCACAGGACAAGGCUGUUAUGCUCUAUCAUAAGGCUGGAAAUCUACCGCGGGCUCUCGACCUCGCCUUCAGAACAAGACAGUUUGGUGCAUUGCAGCAUAUAUCUGAUGACCUUGACCAAAAGGCUGAUCCAGAGCUGCUACAAAGAUGUGCUAACUUCUUCACUGAAAAUGGACAGUAUGACAAGGCGGUGGAUCUGUUGGCCACUGCCAGAAAGUACUGGGAUGCCUUGAAACUCUGCUCCGAGCAGAAUGUCGUCAUCACUGAAGACUUAGCAGAGAAGCUUACACCCCAGAAAGCCACCUCUGAGCCAGAGAAUGAUGAGAGGAUCAAGAUCUUGAAUGGUAUUGCCGAGGUCUGCAUGCAGCAGAGGCAGUAUCAUCUGGCAACCAAGAAAUAUACACAGGCUGGAAACAAAUUACAGGCAAUGAAAGCUUUGCUUAAAUCAGGCGACACAGAAAAAAUCAUUUUCUUCGCUGGUGUAUCAAGACAGAAGGAGAUCUACGUGAUGGCUGCCAACUACUUACAAUCAUUAGACUGGAGGAAGGAUCCUGAAAUCAUGAAAAAUAUCAUCGGUUUCUACACAAAAGGCCGAGCUAUGGAGUCCCUGGCUUCAUUUUACGAUGCAUGUGCUAUGGUUGAAAUUGAUGAGUACCAGAAUUAUGACAAGGCUUUGGGAGCACUUGGCGAGGCUUACAAAUGUGUGACGAGAGCCAAGUUGAAGAAUCAGUCACAGCAGGAGGAGAAGCUAACAAGUUUGAAGAACAGAAUUGAUCUCAUCAAGAAAUUUGUUCAAGCCAGGAGAGUGUAUGAUGAUAGUCCAGAUGAAGCUGUUAAACAGUGCCAGAUCUUAUUAGAGGAACCAGAUCUUGACCAAGCUGUUCGAAUCGGUGAUGUCUUUGGUUUCAUGAUUGAGCACUAUGCAAGAAAAGAGAAAUGGAAAGCGGCAUACGCUUGCAUGGAAGAAAUGAAAAAUCGUAUACCAAAAGUGAACAUGGCAUAUUAUGUGAACAUGCGAACCAUUGAGUCGAUCCACAGGGCACUGGAUAUCCCACUUCCUCGAGGUCAAGGACCUGAUAAGAUAAACGGCAUGAACGGUUUCGGUAAACACGACAAUGAUGAACUAGACGGGGAAGAGGUUCAGGAGGAUGUUAUUGAUGAAAUUGUUCCAGGCGGGGACGAUUAUUGCUGAGACAGUGAAACUGUUGACACUUUUCCUUUGUGUGUUAUAACCUCUUAAAGAUUGGGUCAUUUCAUUUGAGGCUUGAAAAAUAUGUGGGAUUUCUAUGUACUGCACUGGUGCCCCUGUAAAGCAAGCUAUGUAAUGUGUCUUGACCCCGGAUUUGUUUUAAGUAAGUGUAUUAACAAUCUUGUUCAGUUAUGUCAAUACAACAAUAAUUUGGUAUUGUCUCAAUUCAAAUCUCAUUGUGAUCAUGACCUGUUGAAAAAAGGAAACUUUAAGGAAAAUGGUUAUGUACCUGGUAAUCUUUUUUAGCUUGUUCCCGAUAUCCUUAAUUCUCUGGGCAAUUACUAAAAUAAUGUUGUAGCUUUAAACUUGCUGGCCCUGUUGUAAGAUACAUGCAUAUCCCACUUACUCUGACGUCAAGGCUGAAAUACAUGUAAUUCAUAAAAUUGGAGUGUGCUUCUUACUGUGAUGUCAGAUGAAGACUGUAACUGCAUCACAGCAGUUAAUGAUAAUCUUGUUUUUUAUUUAUUGUUUAGUGAAUAUAACAGAAUGUUAUUGGAUUUAUUUUUGUAAUGACAGUUAGCAAUGAUAUCAAAUUGAUUACCUGUGUGUUUGUUGACAAAUUUCCCUCCGAUUUAACAAUCAAAGCGCCGUCCUGUCACCAUUUUAGAAUGCUUAAUAAAGCAUUGAUCAAUCAAAAAUUGGCCAUCCAGAUCUGAGAAGGUACUGUCCAUGAUAACUUUCCUGCCAUAUAAAUGUGUUGUGUUCAUAUUAUCAUAACAAUUUCCAAUGUUUUUCUGUUCUAACUGUCCCAGGUGAUGAAAUUUUGUGUUGUUCCCUUUCACGACUCGGAAUGCUCUGCCAAUGUAGAGAAGCUCUGUCCAUACAUAACUUUUUAACUCAAAUCAAUGACUGAACCGUACAAAGGGAAUGUACUUAUGCAACACCCUGUGCCAUCUUCAAAUUCUCAUUUAAGGCUACAUGUACCUAACUUUCUGUUUGUCAUGAUUAACCAAAACAAAUUUUAUCCGUCCAUAUUUGUAUUGGCUUAUACUUUGUUUCAUUUGGAAUCUUUGAUCUGUUAAAUUUGGGUUUUUUUGUGCUUGGAAAUUGCAGAGAAGUAAUGGCUCUACCAGGGUUUGCUAUUUGAGGAUAGUCUUAAGUCAUUGAUCCCUUCCGUAUUACCAAUAAUUGCCAAUGAUUUCCCUGAAUUGGAGUAAACCAUUGUUCGGAGGAAAAAACCCCAUGGUUAUUAGAAAUAUUGAGAAACAAACCAUACCUGUUGGAUGGGAGGCAUAUCUCAUAUUUCAAAUUCUGUGCUUGUUAGCUUGGGCACUUAAGGUUUCCCAUGACUGCUGCAGCAAAUCUUUCAGGGCAAUAGUGCCAACACUGAUAGGUUGAUGGCAACAGUUACACAAAUGUCAUCUUUGCAUGAAGCAUUUGAGAUGUCAAAAGGUAAAGUGGGGUGGUUAUUGCCUGUGGAUCGAAACCAUAAGGGCUAUCGCAAAUUGAGGGUGCCUUGGACAGCAGAAAUGGAUAAUCCAUUAGAUAUGUUGUAUCAGACCCACAGGAUUUUUUUCUUGGCACAAAAAUGCACUGUUUAUUUAUUGAUGUAUGUAGAGAACAAUCAUAGCACAACUGUGGACCAGCUUCUCAACCUAUCUGUGGUCAUGAUGCAAACAUAUUUGAAUGGAUGCUCCUGUGAUCGAUAUUCGAAAAAAAGAUUGGUGAGCAAAUUUUUGUUUUAAAUUCCAAGAAUGUAACAUAAGUACGUGUGCAUGUAUAUCUGCACGUCUGUGUAUAUAAUAUUUCAUACAAUGUACAUGUAGCUUCUCUCAAUUUUUCAUGAAGAUAAAGGUUUAUUGAUUUACCUUUAA